UAUAUUUUUGCGUCGAAUUAGAAAGGAACAGAAAAAACUUCGCUAAAAUGUUUUCCAGUGGCCCAAAUUAUACAAAGUUGAAGACAAACCUUCGGCUGGCAGUUAACCGUUUAAAAUUGCUUGAGAAGAAAAAGACGGAACUUGCUCAGAAAGCGCGGAAGGAAAUUGCUGACUAUCUAGUGGCAGGGAAACCAGAGCGGGCUAAAAUCCGUGUCGAACACAUCAUCCGCGAGGACUAUCUGGUAGAAGCUAUGGAAAUAGUAGAGAUGUACUGUGAUUUGAUCUUGGCCCGAUUUGGACUGGUUACCCAAAUGAAAGAAAUAGAUGAGGGAAUCGAGGAAGCUGUGAGCAGUAUAGUCUGGGUUGCUCCACGAUUACAGGCAGAUGUCCUGGAGCUGAAGAUAUGUGCUGACAUAUUCACGGUCAAAUAUGGUAAACCGUUUGCGGAAUCAGCUCGGGCAGCAAUCCCUCCACAUAAGGUGUCGGAUAAGUUGAUGCAUAAAUUGGCUAUUCAAGCGCCACCAAAGCUCUUGGUUGAGAAGUACCUAAUUGAAAUUGCUAAGAUUUUUAACGUUGAAUACGAACCGGAUCCGCUCGUGAUGAAGGACGAUAAGCCCAAUCUUGGAGAUAGUAUACUGAUCGAUUUAUCAGACAGGAACAAUCUGGAUGGAGGUGGCUCUGGUGGUGGUUCGUCUGCUGGUGGCGGCGGUGGUGGGGCACCAGCACCAAUGGGAUUCAUUGGAUAUCCUCAGCCGCCACCAUUGCCACAUUUACCGACUGUUCCACUAACGGUUCCUUUCCAUUAUCCACAGGGACCCAGUGGCCAAUACUUCGGAUCAGCCUCAGCACCGCCGUUCAACUAUAAUAUUCCACCGAACCCAUCCGGUGCUCCGGCUGACGAAGAAAAAGAUUUGAACAUUAAUUCAAACUUUCUUCAUAAAGAGAAGAAAACUUUUGGUCAUUCCGGUCCUCCGCCAUCAUACGCUUCGCUAAGUCCAGAUGACAAUAUGCAGAAUUCAACAAAACCAAAACCACAGCCCCGAUCGAAGAUUUCGCCAGAAAUGAAUUUCCCAGUGCUGCCGAAUGUGCCAGCCGAUCUACCAGAUGUGCCGAACGAUAACAGUCCAUCUGCCAGAGGUGGUAGUGGUGGUGGUCCAGAUGAUAACGACGAAAUUGAUUUUGACGAGCUAUCGAGACGCUUUGAAGAGCUGAAGAAAAGGAAGUAAGAAUUCCUGUCUUUAAAAACGGUUACUAGCAGGAGUAAGAUCCGGAGAUUUACAUUAACCUUUUUUGUGCGUCAUUAUACAUAAGUGAUUAUAUCUAUCACGUCACGCUAUAUAUCUGUUAAUCUGUUAAGCAUACAAUUGAAUAUAUUUUAAUUUG